AUGGUUGAUGCAUUCCUCGAAGGCCCCGCCCGCACCAGCAGCAACGGCGGCGGCGGCGGUGGCGGCGGCGGCGGCGGCGGCGGCGGCGGCGGCGGCGGCGGCGGCAGCGGCGACGGCAGCGGCGACGACGGCGUUGGGGCCGUGCCCAGCGCGGCUGGCGACGCCGGGCCGUCCUCUGUCUUCCUCGCGCACGGGCUGCGCAGCAUGCUGGGCGGCAACACCGACGCCGCGCUCUACCGCCUGGGCCGCUGCCGCGACCUGCUGCUGGAGGAGCAGCGGCGGCAGGAAAGCCCGGGCCGCGCCGACGCGAAUGGCGAAGCAGGCGGAGUGGCCGCCGCCGCCGCCGCGCGUGCGGCCGCCUGUCGCUUGGGGGCGGUCUGCGGCUCCCUGGGCGACUGCUGGCGGCGGCGCGGCGACCUGGCGGCUGCGGGGGAGGAGCUGCGUGCGAGCGCGGACCACUUGCGGCCGCACGCGGCGACAGAUGCAGAGGCAGCGCACGCGCUGAGCGUGACAUUGUCCAAGCUUGGGGACCUGCAGUACUACGUGGUGCAGCAGCAGCAGCAACAGCAGACGCAGCAGCCACAGCAGCAGCAGCGGCAGGGCGCGGAGCAAGUGCAGGAGCACGGGCAGGAGCAGGGGCAGCAGCAGCAACCCACCGCAGGCGUGGCGCCGGUUGGCGCGGCUGCCGACGCCCUGCCGUUCUACGAGGAGGCCCUGGCGCUGCGCCGCGCGCUGUGCGGCCCUCUGAACGGCGGGCGCGCCGGGCCCGCGGCGGUGCUGGACCUGGUGUCGGCGCUGGCCAAGGUGGCUGAUGCACAAGAGGCCGUGGGCGACGCCCCCGCAGCGCUGCAGCACUGGCGCCAGGCAGCAGAGGAGCUGCGGCUUGUGCCUGGCGGCGCGCUGGAGGGGCCCCUGGCGGCCAAGAUGGAGACGCUCCAGAAGAUGCUUGCACUACUGCCCCCGGAAUGGGCCUCAACCGCGAGGCUCCGGGUGGUUGCAGCAGCUUCAAACGAUGAGGGCCGCAGCACUGUACCGGACACCCUCCCCAUAGUGGCGCUGGGCGGAGACACGUACAUACUGCGCUCUUUCGUGCGACCGGCGGAUCAUGCUUCGCCGCGAUUUGACCUGGACCUGGAGGGGGCGCUGGCGGUGCAGCUGCAGGCCCUGCAGUCCAACAACAAGCCGUACCCAGACCAUGGGGUCGAGGUCAUGUACCGAUUCGCCGCGUUUGAUCCUUUCGAGCGAUCUAAGUACUUUGGCCGCAGCUUUGACCUGGGGCAGUUUGAGCGGUUCCGCCGCGUGUUCCACACGCCGGCGUACCGCGCGCUGCUGAACCACGACAGCUGCGAGGUGGUGUCGCGCUUCCGCAUGGGGGAGAGCAAGUGCGCGGUGCGGGUGCGGGCGCGGCACGACUCGCCGCUGGAGGAGAGCACGUACACCAUCACGCUCUUCCAGAGGCAGGGCGGCCCGUACGAUGGCUACUGGGUGACAGAGUCCGUCAUCUGCGACUCUGCGGACUGGAACACCAUCAUCACCAGCUGGUGA